UAUUGUCACACGCUUUGAAUAUGCACAAAUGUUCGAACUGUGCGUUAAAAUCGUGUGUUUAAAAAAAAAAACAAGCGAGACUCCGGAGUGAAGAGAAAAGCAGAAGGCAGUUAUAAUCGAUUAUCGAGAUCCAGGUUGAUAAAUCGAUUCCAGAGAAGGUGAGUGAUGGCGCUGAGACGGGCUCUGCAUUUUGUUUUUAAAGUCGGGGACAGGAGCAGGACAGCUGUCUUUUACAGGGACGUCCUCGGCAUGAAGGUUUUACGCCAUGAGGAGUUUGAAGAGGGCUGUAAGGCAACGUGUAAUGGACCUUAUGAUGGAAAAUGGAGUAAAACCAUGGUGGGCUUUGGUCCAGAGGAUGACCACUUUGUUGCGGAGUUGACGUAUAAUUAUGGAGUGGGAGAAUACAAACUUGGCAAUGACUUUUUGGGUUUCACUGUACAGUCAAGUCAAGCUGUUAGUAAUGCCAAGAAGAUAGGCUGGCCUCUUACUGAGGUUGGGGAAGCUCUGUACUUGACAGAAGCUCCUGGUGGAUAUCGAUUCUACCUGCUUGACAAGGAUCAGCAAGACAGUGGGAAAGAUCCGGUUCAGAAAAUCACCUUGGCGGUGUCUGACCUGCAGCGAUCUGUACAUUACUGGUCCUCGCUACUGGGGAUGAAGGUGAUUGAGAAAAGUGAGGAGAAGAAAAGUGUACUGAUGGGCUUCUCGGACAGUCAGUGUAAACUGGAGCUCCAGGAUAUCACGGCUCCUGUGGAUCAUGGAACCGCUUUUGGCAGGAUUGCAUUCUCUUGCCCACGAGAACAGUUACCAGGUCUUGAGGCCCUGAUGAAAAAGGAAAACCAGAAGAUCCUGACGCCCCUCGUCAGCCUGGACACUCCAGGGAAGGCGACUGUAGAAGUGGUGAUCCUGGCUGACCCUGAUGGACAUGAGAUCUGCUUUGUGGGAGAUGAAGCUUUCCGCCAGCUGUCUGCCUUCGACCCCGAUGGAAAUGAACUGCUUGAUAAGGCCAUGGCUGCUGAUAAGAGUGACGAAUGGUUUGCAAAACACAAAAAGCAGAAGGCGUCAGCGUGAAGUCUCUUUCAGUGCCUUUUAAUCUCUGUAGAAAUCUCAAAAUGACCAAAUGAGUGACUGACUGUUUUGUUGCUGUCUUUGACUCCAUCAUUGCAAUAUCUGUUUAUUUGGCUUUCUAUGUUCGUGUUGAUCAGAAGCAACAUACUACAUCCAAACAGAGAUUUAUGCUUGGUUUGUGUUUGUGCAUAAAGUACAUAUAUGUCCACUAAAAAUAUAAAUGCUGAAGUCUCACAAUA